AAAACAUAAGGUUUUUUGGGGGGCUUCGAAUUAAUUUAAUUUUGGGGGGAGUCACGUGACCUUCAUCAGCUCAGCGUCCAUAAAAAAAAGAAAAAAAAAUCGCUCAGCAGCAGAAGAAGAUCUGCGUCCGUGGACAUCUGCAAAAUGGAGGACCGUGACACUAAAGAACCUGAGCAGCUGAGAAAGCUGUUUAUCGGAGGUCUGAGUUUUGAAACCACUGAGGAGAGUUUGCGGGCUCAUUUUGAACAAUGGGGAACACUCACAGAUUGUGUGGUCAUGAGGGAUCCCAACAGCAAAAGAUCAAGAGGGUUCGGCUUCGUAACAUAUUCCUCCGUGUUGGAAGUGGACGAUGCCAUGAAGGCGAGACCUCAUAAAGUAGAUGGCCGGGUUGUUGAGCCAAAGAGAGCCGUGUCCAGAGAGGACUCCAACAAACCAGGCGCCCAUCUCACAGUGAAGAAGAUCUUCGUCGGUGGGAUCAAGGAGGACACCGAGGAGUACCACAUUCGAGAGUACUUUGAGAAAUAUGGAAAGAUCGAGUGCAUUGACAUCAUGGAGGAACGCUCCACAGGGAAGAAACGAGGAUUCUGCUUUGUCUCUUUUGACGAUCAUGACACUGUUGACAAAAUUGUUGGAGCCCAGAAAUUCCAUACUAUCAACUUCCACAACUGUGAGGUCAGGAAAGCGCUGUCCAAACAGGAAAUGAGCGCCAUGUCGAGUAACCGGGGCAGGAGUGGAGGAUCAGGAAACUUCAUGGGCAGAGGCAGUAACUUUGGAGGAGGCGGCGGCAACUUUGGCCGAGGUGGCUACGGUGGAGGACGUGGCGGCUAUGGGGAUGACUUUGAUAAUGGUCCAGGUGGAAAUUACGGCAGCGGGCCCGGUUACGGAGGGAGCCGAGGGGGUUAUGGAGGCGGCGGUCCCGGAUAUGGCAACCAGGGCGGAGGGUUUGGUGGCGGCUGCGAUGGAGGCUACGGAGGCAAUGAUGGAGGGUAUGGAGGUGGAAAUUACAAUGACUUUGGAAACUAUGGUGGCCAGCAGUCAAACUAUGGUCCCAUGAAGGGAAACAACUUUGGAGGCAGGAACUCAGGCGGACCCUACGGUGGUGGCUACGGCUCCGGAGGCGGAGGCGGUGGCGGCGGAGGCGGCUACGGCUCCCGGCGAUAUUAAUUCAUUGAUGUUUUUGAUGUGGAAAGAGGCAUUCUCUUCUUGCUGAAAAUCUGUAAAGACCUGAUAACAUGGAAGGUUCUGGAUGGGUAAGAAUCUUUUGAAAUAUUAUCCAAGGCUGCUCAUAUUGUGAUUUUACAAGGUGCAAGCCAUGGGGGUCUUUCAGGGUAAACCGAGCAGGACGACGUCCGUUUGACCGCUCCGACCAGAAUCAGCCCGAGUCCUUUACACUGUGUGUACCGUCUCAGGAAAAUGAGUUUACACGCUUUAUUAGUUUACCUAUUGACCAUUUAGUUAGGCUGAAAGUAGCUCGAUAAAUACCAUAAACAAUCAUUCCCAAAAUAUUUGAGCAUGGGACUCAUUUGUGAAAUAAAAGGAGCUGAUGGUAUCAACCGUCAGGCUCCUUGAUUUUUAAGUCAAACAGCAUUAGACUAUAUUAAAUUUGUUUGUUCGAUGAAAAUAUGGACGGAAAAGAGAAAAUUUGGUCUUCAUCUAAGACUUGCUACAGAAGCAGCUUGGUUGCAUACUGCAGAGUUUUUGGUCCUAAAAGUACUUUGAGUCAGUUUUCAGAGCAGUGAAUACGACCAGUGUUGGAUUGUUUGUGCCUGUCGGAGACACCCUUAAAAUAAAUGAACUUUUGAACUUAUCAGGCAGUCAAAUACUGACUAUAAACUGCACCAGCAGAAAACAAGACAGAUAACAUUUAAACUGCUGGUUAUAAAAGGGGAAAUAAGUCUAGAUACAAUAUCAGAGUAUUGUUAAAGGUUAAUUUAUCUUCUACCAGAAGUUCAAGCAUCACUGAUUUCCACUUUUAUUUCCCAAAACAAGAAGUGUUCAUGUUUGAUAUUUUAGAGCAGACAGACGUGUCUCUUUAAGGUUUUGUAAGGUUCCACAAAAAUGAAACUCCAUCUGCACAAAGUUCCUGUUUUCAGACUGCAAUGUAAUUUUUAAACAUUUCAAUUUAUACAUUUCUUAUCAGAUAGUCGAGGACAAGUCCGUUUUAAAGCAAAUCAAUUUAGAGAAGUACUUUGAUUCUGUAUCUAUCAGGUAUCCAUGUGUCCAUGAACUGCCGUGGGUUUGAAGCUGAUUAUGUAACUGGAUCAUGUAACUUGUUUUAUUAAUAAAAACCUUUUCAAUGCAAUGUGUGC